AUGAGACGCCCACAGCAACAAAUCUCACAGACCUACUGGUCGCUCCGGCUGCUGGCGGCCGUCUUCGCCAUCCUCGGGCUCUUCAUGCUGUGCAAUGACCUCCCGCUACCGAGCACGAUAAGGAUCAAGAAGAAGGAGCCCAAGGUGUCGGCCAUUGCGGGCCUGAAGCUCAACAUCAAGCACACGCCCGGCUCCUCGCCGCCCGAGAUCGUCGUCAUCGUCGUCAACGAGAACAAGUUCCCCGUCUCGAUACUGUCCUACGAGUCGCCGCUCGAUCCGCUGGCGGUCGCAUUGGGCCAGCUCGAGAUAACGCCGGCGGGCGCGAAGACCCCCCUCGAGCUGAACAAGAUCAACGUCCGCAGGGUGUGGCCCCCGACCCGCGACCAGCUCAUCACCGUCGGGCCUGGCGGGAGCGUCAUGGGCUCGAUUCUCUUGAAGGAGGACACCGUGCCGCCUGGGGUGCUCCAAGGAAAGGUCUCGAUGGAGCUCAAGGGGAGGUGGCAGGCCGUUUGGUCGAUCAGGAAAGAAAACAUUCCCGACCGGUCGCUGGAGGAUCCCUUCUCCAGCCCCGAGGUUGAGCACGGGAAGUAUUCGACGGGGAAGGUCAUGUUUCACUUUUAA